UUCGUACCCCUGGAUCCACUCACAUAUUGGCGCCAUUUUGGAGCUAGGAGGGGGAAGAGAGCUGCAGAGGAGGACACGAUUGAUCGCAAUUCACCGUAACAGGCAGUGAAGAGCUAAAGAGGAUGGCUCACUCUAAAGCUCGAGCCGUGGACGCGAAGGUGACCUACCCCCCGGGGGUCAAAGAGAUAUCUGACAAAAUCUCCAAAGAGGAAAUGGUCCGCAGACUGAAGAUGGUUGUGAAAACCUUCAUGGACAUGGACCAGGACUCUGAGGAGGAGAAGGAGCUGUACCUGAACCUAGCCCUCCACCUGGCUUCAGACUUCUUCCUCAAGCACCCAGACAAGGACGUGCGUCUGCUGGUGGCCUGCUGUCUAGCAGAUAUAUUCAGGAUUUAUGCCCCAGAGGCGCCGUACACCUUCCCAGAAAAACUCAAGGACAUUUUCAUGUUCAUCACCAGACAGCUCAAAGGACUGGAGGACACGAAAAGUGCCCAGUUCAACAGAUACUUCUACCUGCUUGAGAACAUAGCAUGGGUGAAGUCCUACAAUAUUUGCUUUGAGCUGGAAGACAGCAAUGAGAUAUUCACCCAGCUUUACAGAACACUCUUCCAGGUCAUCAACAACGGGCACAACCAGAAGGUGCACAUGCAUAUGGUUGACCUAAUGAGCUCCAUCAUCUGCGAGGGAGACACUGUGUCGCAGGAGCUGUUGGACACGGUGUUGGUCAACCUGGUGCCGGCACACAAGAAUUUGAAUAAACAAGCGUAUGACCUGGCCAAGGCUCUGCUGAAGAGGACUGCUCAGGCUAUUGAACCUUACAUCACCAAUUUCUUCAACCAGGUGCUGAUGCUGGGAAAGACGUCCGUCAGUGAUCUGUCGGAGCACGUUUUUGACCUAAUCUUGGAGCUUUACAACAUCGACAGCCACCUGCUGCUCUCUGUGCUGCCACAGCUGGAGUUUAAACUCAAGAGUAACGAUAAUGACGAGAGGCUGCAGGUGGUGAAGCUGCUGGCUAAGAUGUUUGGAGCCAAGGACUAGUUGGCUGCACAGAACAAACCACUCUGGCAGUGUUACCUGGGCAGGUUUAAUGACAUCCACGUGCCUAUCAGACUAGAGUGCGUCAAGUUCGCCAGUCACUGUCUUAUGAAUCACCCAGACCUGGCCAAAGACCUCACAGAAUUCUUAAGGGUCAGGUCACAUGACCCGGAGGAGGCCAUCCGCCACGAUGUCAUCGUCUCUAUAGUAACUGCCGCCAAGAAAGACUUGUCGCUCGUCAACGACGCGCUGCUCAACUUUGUGAAGGAACGAACGUUGGACAAAAGAUGGCGUGUGCGCAAGGAAGCCAUGAUGGGCCUCGCAUCAAUCUACAGGAAGUACUCGCCAGGAGAAGGAGGGAGAGAGGCCUCUAAACAGAUUUCCUGGAUCAAAGACAAGCUGCUCCACAUCUACUACCAGAACAGCAUCGAUGACAGGUUGCUGGUGGAGCGCGUCUUUGCUCAGUACAUUUCCUCACAACUGGAGACCUCCGAGAGGAUGAAGUGUCUUUAUUACCUCUACGCCACCCUGGACACAAAUGCCAAAUGCUGUCAAAGAGACAUCACCAAAAAGCUCGGCAGUCCCAAACAGCCGAGCAAUCCGUUCCUGGAAAUGGUCAAGUUCCUCCUGGAGAGAAUUGCUCCCGUACACAUCGACACAGAGUCCAUCAGCGCACUGAUAAAACAAGUAAACAAAUCUAUAGAGGGAACGGCUGACGAUGAGGAAGAGGGCGUUCCCACAGAAGAGGCCAUCAGAGCGGGACUGGAGCUACUGAAGGUGCUGUCGUUCACACAUCCCGUGUCGUUCCACUCGGCGGAGACGUUCGAGUCUCUGCUGGGAUGUCUGAAAAUGGAUGACGAGAAGGUGGCCGAGGCCGCGCUGCAGAUCUUCAAGAACACGGGCAGCAAGAUGGAAGAGAGUUUCCCUCACAUUAAAUCUGUUUUACUACCGGUACUGCAGGCCAAAGCCAAGAGAGGCCCCCCUCGCCAGGCUAAGUAUGCAAUCCACUGUAUCAAUGCCAUGUUCACCAACAGAGACACACACUUCGCCCAAAUCUUUGAGCCUCUGCACAAAGGUCUGGACACGGCGAACCUGGAGCAGCUCAUCACUCCUCUGACGACGCUCGGCCACCUGGCCCAGCUCGCCCCGGAACAGUUUGCGGCGCCGCUCAAAUCGCUCGUUGCCAACUUCAUCGUGAAGGAUCUGCUCAUGAAUGACCGGAUUCCGGGCAAAAAGACAACCAAACUCUGGGUUUCUGAUGAGGAAGUGUCCCCCGAGACUCUGGCUAAGAUCCAGGGCAUAAAGCUGAUGGUGAGGUGGUUGCUGGGCGUUAAGAACAAUCAGAGCAAGUCGGGCAACUCCACCCUGAGGAUGCUGACGGCUAUUCUACACAGUGACGGAGAUCUAACAGAGCAGGGACGGAUGGGUAAACCAGACAUGUCUAGGCUGCGGCUGGCGGCGGCAUGCGCCCUCCUGAAGUUGGCACAGGAGCCGUGCUAUCAUGAAAUCAUCACGCUGGAGCAAUAUCAGCUGUGUGCUCUUGUCAUUAAUGACGAGUGCUACCAGGUGCGGCAGUGUUUUUCCCAGAAGCUCCACCGCGGCUUGUGCCGCCUCCGUCUGCCUCUGGAAUACAUGGCGGUGUUCGCUCUGUGCGCCAAGGACCCCGUUAAGGAGCGGAGGGCUCACGCUCGCCAGUGCCUGGUGAAAAACGUGAACAUACGCAGAGAGUACCUCAAACAGCACGCGGCCAUCAGUGAUAAGCUGUUCUCUCUGCUGCCCGAGUAUGUGGUUCCUUACACGAUCCACCUCCUGGCACAUGACCCAGACUACGUCAAAGUGCAAGACAUCGAGCAGCUAAAAGAAAUCAAAGAGGCUCUGUGGUUUGUUCUCGAGAUCAUCAUGGCCAAGAACGAGAACAACAGCCACGCCUUCAUCAGGAAAAUGGUUGAAAACAUCAAACAGACGAAGGACGCCCAGGCCCCCACUGAUGUCAAAACGAACGAGAAGCUCUACACGGUGUGUGAUGUAGCCAUGAACAUUAUCAUGUCAAAGAGCACCACCUACAGCCUGGAGUCCCCAAAAGACCCCGUGCUGCCUUCGAGCUUCUUCACCAAACCAGACAAGAAUUUCAGCAACACAAAAAAUUAUCUACCGCCCGAGAUGAAGUCGUUCUUCACACCAGGAAAGCCCAAGUCGGCCAACGUUCUGGGCGCAGUGAACAAGCCGCUGGCGUCGGCGGGGAAGCAGAUCCAGAGCAAAUCUUCGCGGAUGGAGACGACCAGCAACGACGACCCCUCGUCAAACCCAAGUUCCCCACAACGCAGCAAGAUUAGGCAUGACAGCAAAGAAAUGGAUCACAGUGAAAACGAGGACUUCAGCCUAAAGAGAGCCGACAGCACUGACAAGGAUAUUGAAAAGCCCCGCGGUCGCAAACGGGGCGUGGCUUCAUCUGAUGACCAGGACAGCAAACCAAAGCGCGGGCGCAAAAAGGCGGUGGCCAACACGACUGUGACGGCGGUCGAGGCCGAGGACCAGUGGGACGAAGACACCCGGCCGGAGGACGAGCAGAACAGCCCGCCGAAAAAACGCAGAGGCCGGCCCCCGAAAUCCGCCGCCAGUCAGGACACACCCGCCAAGGGGAAGAGGGGGCGGAAGAAAGCGGCUCCUCCGCCAGAAAACAACGACGAGGAGGAAGAGGAGGAGGAGGAGGAAGAGGACAAGGUCGAGGAGGAAGCAGCAACGGCGGAGGAGGAGGAGGAAGAGGACAACAGGAGCAGUGAGAAUCUGGAGGUGAAGACCAAAGGAGGAAGACAAACAAGGACACCGCGGCGGUCACAAGGCACGGAGUCGACAGAGGCCACACCCCAGAAGAGAAGAGGACGUCCACCCAAAUCAGCUCAGCCGCCUGCCAAGAAACCAGCGCGUGGCGGGAGAUCGAAGGCAGCUGCUGCUAAAGAAGACUCUGAAGAGGAUGAGGAAGAGGAGGAGGAGGAGGAGGAGGAGGAGGAGGAAGGGGAGCAGAGAGACGAAGGCGAGCCAACACCGAAGGGUCGCAAGAAGGCAGCGGGGCGAAGAAGAUGAGUAAAGAAAAGAGAGAAAAGAAAUGACACCAUCUACUCUAAAGUCGUAGAGGAACGAUGUAGGAAAGAAAAUAUGGACUUUGAACUUUUUAAACUUUUCAUACGCAGAUGCUCCCUACUGUUACACACACACACACACACACACACCUGCCACACUGCAUCAGUACAUCUGUAUCAUCCGUGGCGGGUUUGUUGCCUUGUGACGAUGUUUCCGCCCACAUUUACGUAGAAAGAGAUCAUUUUAACGACAGGAAGAAAAGAAACCCGACAAAAAAAGAUCACUCUUGUAAAUAGUCUCGUGUCUGUUCCAUGUUCUGUUGUUGUGUUUUGACGCUGACUGGGAGGACACCGUGAAGCCCUUUACCCACUGAUAUCAUUAUUCUAAUUAUUAUUAUUAUUAGUCUGAUGAAAGUGCUCCCGCAGAUCAAUCUUCACCCACUUUUAAAACCCGAGAAACGACCGAUUAACCCGUAUCUUUUUGUGUGACGUUCAACUAUGCCAUACUUCAAAAAGACGACAACAUGCAUUUUUUUGUUAACAGCUCUGUAUAUUAAAUAGUUUUUUUUUUUUUUUUUUACUGUGUAUUGAAAAGCUGAAGAGUAAAAAAAAAAAUCCUGUCCAAACAUAGAGUUUUCUCCGGAGACGAUGACGGUAGUGUGUGUGUGUGUGCGUGCGCGCGUCUCAUUUUAGCGAUAGACACGAGUCAUGAGCCGCUGUGGUCGUAGUGUUUGUCACUGCUAAUUAACUCGGCUUCACGUCCUCCCAGUCAGAUCCUCUGUUGUAUCAAUAUAAUUCUCUAUAAAACCUGA